UGAACUGAAUUAUUUCCUUUACAGAUGAAAAUUCUCUGGUAGUUUGAUACGGAGGGAGAAGAAAUCAUGGCUGACACACUUGAGGAAUCACCCACGGACUGGACUGAAUCCCAAGUAAGCUCCUGGCUAAGAUCAAUCAAAGUGAAAGACCACUACAUCGACAAGAUCUAUAAGGAAGAAGUUGAUGGAAAAAUUCUUCUCACACUUGAUGAAGACUUUCUGAAAUCAAAGAUUGACAUGAAAUCAGGGCCUGCUCAUUUCAUUCUUCUAAAAAGAGAUGAGCUUCUCAGGUCCCUGCAAAAAUGUGAGGAGAAAAAAAAGAUGCCUGGUGGCAAAAAAGCUGUGGUGGAGCAAAAGAACAGUCACAAAUCUGUUCAGAAUCUUUCCAGAACCAGUGAAAAUCCUUCAGAACAGCCAAAAAGCUUGCAAACUUCAAAAGAGGACUGCAAGCCAAGGCCAUUUGAUCAAGAUGACACUGAUUUCAUAUAUGUGAAGCACAGAGUCCUGCAACCCGAAUCAGGUGCUUUUAAUCUGAUAUCUCCAUGCCAUGAGUUCAAAUCUUUUGCUGUGGCUGCAGGACUGGACCGCACAAGACUGCAAGCUAAGUUUGCCAAAGAGGUUUUGAAAUUUGCAACUGGCUGCAUGAACAUCAGAACAAAUGGCACAAUACACUUUGGUGUGAUGGACAGCAAGGCAGAUGCAGGAUAUGUUCACGGUGAGAUCAUUGGUAUCCCUGUACAAGAGAAGGACAUUUAUGUUGAUGCCUUGGAUUACAUUGAAAGGUGUUUCUCCUCUGACAAGGAGCAUCUACGUCAGUGUGUGCGACCGCCAAGGUUCAUUGAAGUAAUGGAUUUGGUCAACACAGAAAAGAGUUACGUAGUGGAGGUUGACAUAGUGCCCUCACUGAAGAUUGUCAAGAACAAAGUUUACGCAGUACGCCUGCCAAACUUCAAAGAGUCAACUAACAAAAUAGAAUAUGAGAAAGAAACCAUUUUGCGAAGGGUAGGCUCAAAAACCGAGCCAGUGAGUGAUGUAGGUGACUUUUACCAGAGAAUCAGAGAUCGAGAUGCACAAAGAGAUGAGGCCGAGAAAAAUCAGUUCCUUCGUGCUCCUGGGACAUGCCAAGACCUCGGAAGGAAACUCACAAUGCUGAUGACAAGUGGAAAGAAGUUCAUUGAAAAGGAAAAAUGGUUCAUACUUGUCACAAACAAAUUCUCACCUGAGGAUCUCUGCCACAUUGAGUGGCUACUUAACAUGAAGAUUUUCUGCGUGUUUGACUUUGACCCAGACUCAAAGAAAUCAGGACUUUGUAGUAAAUACCUUCAGCAUCACACUGCAAACAUGCAUUUUCUGCAGAGCUACAGGAUGCCCAGUGGCAUGGACAUCAAAGAAUUCUCAGACUUCUUGCAUCUCUUUGAGCAAACAAGUUGGAUCUUCUGCAAUGGUUGCACUGACUUCAAAGGAAAUGAAACUCCAUGUGAUGAGAUGACUUGGAUCAAGACAAAAAUUACUCUGCUGCGGGAAUCUGUGUCUUUGAUCUGUAAACAAAUCCUACCAAAAGGGGCAUUUCAAGUCAUCUUUCUUCUCACCUCUCCAGUGGACAAGCCGCUCUUGCACACUUUUUAUGAGUUCUUCACAGACAUGGAAGGUCAUGAGGACAUCAUCUGCAUCAGUGAGUCUGAGACCAACUUCCAGAAAUGGCAAAGCUUUGCAGAGGGUUCAUGUGGAACAGCAGUGGUGAACAAUUCAAGUGUUGUUGGGAUGAAAAUGUGCCAUGUCAACGCAACGCUGCAACAUGUACAGCCUGUCAAAGCAUGUGUCAGCAAAUCCUUGCCAGUCUUGGUGAAAGGAACCUGUCUACUUGAAACACAAGUAGAGGAACAGAUGUACUGUUUGGAAAUUCUCACAGUUGAUCAUUGCAAUGAAACAAGCAAAGACUUCAUUGAUGAAGAAAAAGCCAACAUAGAAAGUCAGUUCUACCGUGGGGGCAGAGUGACUUGGUUGAACUUUUGGCUUGCCGAUCACAAGUAUGUUGGGGAGGUGAUUGAAAGAGAUGCAUAUGAAGAAACAUCAAAACUCCUAAAAGAUGCUUUGAAAUACAAUGCAGAUCAAACUCCAGUGAUCGUUAUUAACAUCUAUCACCAUCCAGGCAGUGGUGGAAGCACUGUGGCCAGACAGGUACUGUGGAAGUACAGGAAAGAGCUGAGGUGUGCCGUUGUGAAGCCUUCAUACUCAGCAGGUGUUGUUGCUCAGCAUGCUGUUCAGUUGAGAGAACAUACAGAAAAAGAUCCACAGUCAUGUCUCCCUGUGCUGCUUCUGAUUGAAGACUCAAACAAAGAGUAUCUUGAUGAUCUCAGGAAUGAACUGGAGGUUGCCGUUAACACCAAAAAAAUCCAGUAUGAAACUCUGUGUUUCAUUUUACUGAGCUGCAGACGUUCAAAUGAUCCGGAAAAGAGAUGCAAGGAGUCUCCCUUACAGAAUGUGUCUGUCACUCACAAACUGUCAGCUGAAGAGAAGAGAAAGUUUGCUGGAAAGCGACAGGUGCUUGAGGACAAGUAUGAGCCAGACUUCAUCUUGACAUUUGUUUUAAUGAACAAUGAAUUCAAUGUUGAUUAUGUUCAACAGUUUGUGAAACAUUUGCUCCAAGACAUUGACCGAAGCUCUGUUGUCACACGCCUCAUUCACUAUGUGGCAUUGCUCAACACAUAUGUUCAGAAUUCUUUCAUCUCUCAGUCCCAUUGUGAAGCAUUCCUUGCUUUACACAUUCACCUGGAAAGGUUUCGCCAGCAUCUCUUUGAGAAAUCCCUCAGUGAACAGGCUAAAUUAGUGUUUUUGCAUCUCAGAGAUGACAAGACACACAUUGAAUCAAUCAAAAUCAUUCAUCCCCUUGUUGCGAAAGAAAUCCUCCAGCAGCUUCUGGGACCCCAACAGACCCAUAACAGUUUGGCGUUUGAUUUGCUCCAUGAAAAUGUGCUUUUUGAGCACAGGUUUGGAAGGGAUGACUAUCUGUCUUUCUUGAGACAACUUUUCUUGAGAAGAUUUAAAAUAAGCAAAGGAGAUAAAUAUAGUUUUUUCUCUCCUUUCAUGAUCCAUGUGCUUGAAAAUGAAAACAGGAAGCCAGACGAAGCAAUCGAGUUCCUCAGGAAAGCAUUCCAGAAGGUCCACGAUGAUCCAUUCCUUUUGCAAGAGCUUCUUCUUUGCUGUCAUGCUUUUAUGCCUCAUAUGUAUAAUAAGUUUGAUGAAGCUGAAUGUUCAUCACAAACUGCAGCGAAACACUGCCCAAUAAACUUGUACAUUCUUGACAUUAAAGUGCAAUUGUUCAGAAAAUGGUUCCAAGCAGAGUGCAAAGCCAUUGAGAGUAAACCAAAAACCGCGGAAAACACAGCGAACGCUGUGGAGAGAGCACUGAAAGCCCUAAAGUGUUUUCAAGAAUGUGAAACAGCAGCAAACAAAGAAAUGGAUAACUUGAACAGUUAUGGAUUUUUUGCUGAAGUUGAAGUUGGCUACAGCCUCCUGAAGCUCAUCUCUUCUUUGCAAGUGUUUGCCAACAAAGGUAAUGGCCAUUCAGAGUGCAUGAAGUACCUGGUAACGGAUUACAUUCCCGAGGAAGUAAAAGAUGCUUGGGAACCAUUUCAUGAUCAAUUGAAAAACCUCAAGAAGUUAGUGCAAGAUGUUUUGGAAUGGAUUUCCGAGGAUCUGAGUUACUUUCAGACAGAUGUGUCUUCAGACGAAGUUGAGAUUCCAGAAAGUCCUGAAGAGAAGAUAAGUUUGACUUGGUUGGGAAAAAAGUCUUCAGAGUAUGGGAAGUAUUUCAGUGAAGCAUAUUCUUUUGCAUUCCUGCAACAUGGACAGCCUAGCCAUCAAGCUAAUCUAACUCCUUUCCAAAAACGUAUGCUCAUCUAUUAUCUUGGAGGGGGUAAUAUCACAUCUAUCCUCUCCAAAGUAAUUGACCAAAGCAAUUUGGUGUCCCUACUUGAGGAUAUUCUUUCUCCAUACCCAAGCAAUGCUUUGAAGGCCAAAUUUGGUCAAAGGGAUAUUGUCCAUUACAUAAUGACCCAGAUCUUCCUGAACUGCCUGUCACCUCAGAAUAAAAAGAUAGCACCUCUGAAGGAUUUACAGGCACUCUGUCGUCAGUUUCCAACUGACAAGAGAAAAUGUUUGCCAGGAGCGCUGUUCUUACUGACCUUGCUCUUCUGGCCUGACGACAGUGAUACCAAUCAUGAGAAAGAAAAGUAUGAAAUUGUCCAGUCAGCUGUUGAACACUUGGAAAAAGGCUACAAGACCAAGAUGAAAGACAUCCCUCAGAGGCAAAGAAGGCUUUACAUCCACUUUUUCCUUGGAAAUGGGAAUGGGCUGGAUAAAUUUGUCCACAAGAGAAAGUUUGAAAGAGUGACCAAGGUGUUUCCAGUCUCAGAGAAGUGCAAGAAGUGGUUUAGUGGUGCAGCAUGGAAAAUGCCGCCUGAGAUUAUAAACAUGAUGAAACAAGUUUCUGGACGGACUGAAGAUGGAAAGUUGUAUCUUGAAGGUCCUCAGAAAAAGAAGUUCAGCAUCCUGCCUCUUUACAUCCCUUCAGUGCCUCAAAGCAAUGAAAAUAUUACCUUCUAUUUGGGGUUCACCCUCAGAGGUCCCGUUGCAUGCAACAUCAGUGUGAAAAAGUAGUGCUGAUGCCUGACGGUGAAAGACUUUCUCAUGCCAAU